AUGAGGCUCCUGCCUCUGGCCCUUGUGCCUGGCGCACUGGCCAUUUCACUCGACAUCAAUGAUCCCAGCAGUGUAUCCUCGGCUGCCGCGACGGUCGCGUACGAUAUGAUGACUUUCUACGUUGGCAACCAAACCGGCCAAGUCCCUGGAUUGUUACCGGGCGGCUUGAGUUGCGAUCCCAAUAAUCCGCAGAUCUAUUGUUGGUGGGAGUCCGGCGCAAUGUUUGGCUCCCUCAUCAACUACUGGCAGUACACCAAUGACUCGUCGUACAAUCCCACGGUAUCACAGGCGCUUCAAUUCCAGCGCGGACCCGACAACAACUUCAACCCCCCCAAUCAAUCGAAAAGUAUGGGUGUCGACGACCAGGCCUUCUGGGCUUUCUCUGCCAUGGAUGCCGUCGAGGCCAACUUCCCAGAGUCCACUGAAGAAGAUGCUCCUUCGUGGUUAUCGCUAGCCCAGGCCGUCUUCAAUUUUCAGAGGGAUUUGUGGGAUCCUAGCACUUGCGGUGGUGGUUUCCACUGGCAGGUGUUUUCGUUCAACGCCGGCUACAAUCUCAAAAACGCCAUCUCUAACGGUGGGAAUUUCCAGUUGUCUGCAAGACUUGCGUAUGUGACAGGCAACCAGAGUUAUGCUGACUGGGCCAAUACCGUCUAUGACUGGAUGGCCCAAAGUGCAUUGAUGCAAACAGACCCGCAAAGCGGCAUUCUCUACAUCUGGGACAACACCGACUCCGACAACAACUGCACCGACCAGACGCGAUAUGUGUGGACCUACAACUACGGUACCCUACUGGUGGGUUCCGCCUACAUGUACAACUACACGAAUGGCAGCUCGGUCUGGCUAGAUCGGGUUAAUGCGAUCUUGAACAGCACCUUCACAUUGUUCUUCCCGUCGCAAUACGGUGGCAACAUCAUGUCGGAAAUUCAGUGUGAAUCGACUUUGGUAUGCGACCAGGAUCAAAAGAGCUUCAAGUCCUAUUUGGCAAGAUGGAUGGCCGUAACCAGUCUGCUCGUGCCAUCUACAGCACCUCAAAUUCUUCCGAAACUCCAGGCUAGCGCACAGGCAGCCGCGGGACAGUGCGAUGGUGGUACCACUGGUCGCGAGUGCGGCAUGCAGUGGUACACGUCCACUUGGGAUGGCUCGAGCGGCGUUGGACAGCAGAUGGCUGCAUUAUCCGUGAUUGGUACGGUAUUGAACCAGCAAAGUCUGACUCCGAAGUCCACGAGGACGGGCGCGACAUCAAAGAGUGACCCGAACGCUGGGUCCACGGCACCGACCAAUCCUGCCGAGUUACGAGACAAGAUCACUACGGGCGACAAGGCUGGCGCAGGUAUCCUGACUCUCAUCAUGGCCGCGCUUGUCAUUGGUGCCGCAGUUUGGUUAGUAACAUGA